GUGCAAAGUCUCGAAGAGAAGUUGGAGGGCCUGGAUAGUCUUUCCCUAAACUAUUGGCUCACAAAAUUCGUCCAAGAAGUUGCUAAUAAGAACAGUGGUCGCUAUCCGUCUCGUUCCUUGUAUGGAAUUGUUUGUGGCUUAAAGCGGUAUUUGGAGGACGUAAAUGGAGGGAAUGCAUUGAAUUCUUUAGACAGCAGUGAUAAGAGGUAAGUUUGGAGAAGUUAUACUUUAAUCUAGUGUGCUUUAUGUGAUAUAGAAACUUAGAAUGUUUACGAAAUUUAUGAUUUACUACUUUUCAGGUUUGCUAUUUUUCGUCGAUGCUUAGACGCAGAAAUGAAAGACGUAAAUGAAAACAGCAAACAAUAG